CAUCCAUCCACAUACCUUUACUACUAUCUUUAUAUGACUGUCACCGAGACAUUCCACGGGUUUAUAGAAAACACUCACGAUGUUCUUCUCGUGUUUGAAGGCUGUCGAAGGGGCCUUUUGCCGAGAAUAGGACGUCGCUUACAAGAAAGAGAACGGCGCAUGAUUAGAUCAGGUUCCGUGUUUGUAUUUGACGAACAUGAAUCAGGAAUCAAGAGGUGGACAGACGGUCGUUACUGGAGUCCGAGUCGUAUCCUGGGAAACUUUCUGAUCUACAGGGAAAUCGACAAGAAAUCAGACAAAAAAAAGUCUUCUUCAAGCUGGUCCCUCAACCCAGACCCUGGCACGAUGCAUCGCAGUCGGGAACGCCAGCUGGUGGGAAGUCUUUCGGACAGCUUUAGAUUUCGUCCGGAUGGGCUGAUCAAGAAGAGCAUGUCGAUUGUAGUCCAUGGAGUAUCGCAUCAUCUGGUGUCUUACUACAAUCCCCUUGACGUGGUUCAACAUCGGCUCAGCACACCGUCGUCCAAUCCACAACUCUCACGAUUGGAAAUCUCCCCCGACCUGCUCGUCAAACAGAAUUUCAGGGUUCCGCUAUUUGCAGAAGAAUCUAACCCUCAGAGACAACCCCCACCGGUCCCGGCCCCCUAUUACAAAGUAGAAAAACCUCAGGCGUGUGGACCACGUAGUCUGUCUCUGGGAUCCUAUCAAACUGAAAAAUCGCACGUCAUGGAAUCUGAGAUGGCACGGCAGCCUUCUUUUGCUCCAUUGUACACCCACGAACGAUUCCACCAACGCCACUCCUCAACGUCCUCUGCGCCAUACAGCAACAGCAACAGUAGCAGCAGCGAGAGUGAGCCAAGAUCAGAUAUACUCUACGGACAACCCCAACCCCAUCCCCAACAACAAUCACCGUUUGGCUUCUCACCCAAGCCAGACUCCACCAAUCUUGUCCAGCUCCUGAACCCUGUUGUACAUCCUCUGCACCCUCUCGCCGUCCAGCCGAGCCCACUGCCGUCCUUUGUCCCGUUGGAUUACACCAAAGCAUUUGACAAAGAUCGUCCGGUUCAUCAACAUCGGAUGAGCUAUCCAAAUGAUGACUUUUAUGACACCUACGCACGACAACAACAGCAACAACAUCAACAGCAACAGCCGCCUAUUCAACCCAAUGUGCCACCCUUUAUGAGCCAUUCAGAAUAAUAGAUGUGUUUAAUACCUAUGGCUUUUUUUUUAUUUUUUUUUAUUUUAUUUUGUAAUCGCUUUUUUAAAUUCCACAAUAACAACAACAACAACAACAACAAUAUAUAUAUAUAUAUAUAUAUAUAUAUAUAUAUAUACACAUACACAUACAAACCCCCUGGAUUCCUUUAUCUCUCUGGCUCUUUGGCUCUUUGGUUCUUUGGAUUUUAGGCUCUUUGGAUUUUAGGCUUUUAGGCUUUUAGGCUUUUAGUCUUUUAGACUCUGCCUGUUUCGCUGUGGUUACUUUAUAUAAAUACUGUAUAUUCUGUAUAUUUCCCAAGUGAAAAGAAUAGUAAUAAUAAUAAAAGUAAUAAUAAACAUGUAUGUACAAU